AUGGCCUCUUCACCCCGCACGGUCCUGAUCUCCGGCUGCUCCUCGGGCAUCGGCCUGGAGCUGGCCGUGCAGCUGGCUCGUGACCCCAGGCAGCGCUACCACGUGGUUGCCACCAUGAGGGACCUGGGGAAGAAGGGGGCACUGGAGGAGGCUGCUGGGGACGCCUUGGGGAAGACGCUCACCGUGGCCUCCCUGGACGUGUGCAGCGACGAAUCAGUGGGCCAGUGUCUCAGCUGCAUCCCAGGAGGCGAUGUGGACGUCCUGGUGAACAAUGCUGGCCUGGGCCUGGUGGGGCCCAUAGAGGGACUCAGUGUGGCUACCAUGCAGAGUAUCUUUGACACCAACUUCUUCGGGGCCAUCCGUCUGGUCAAAGCUGUGCUUCCAAGCAUGAAGAGGAGGCGACGGGGCCACAUCGUGGUGGUUAGCAGUGUCAUGGGACUCCAGGGCGUCGUGUUCAACGAUGUCUACGCAGCCUCCAAGUUCGCCCUGGAGGGCUUCUUCGAGAGUUUGGCCAUCCAACUGCGACAGUUCAACAUCUAUGUGUCCCUGGUGGAGCCAGGCCCCGUGGUCACUGACUUCGAAGGGAAGCUCCUGGCACAGGUGUCCAGUGAGGAGUUCCCUGGCACCGACCCCGACACACUGCACUACUUCCGGGACGUCUACCUGCCGGCCUCCAGCCAGCUCUUUCGCUAUGUGGGGCAGAGCCCACGGGUCGUGGUCCGGGCCAUCGUCAAAGUCAUCGGUGCGUCCCGACCGCCCCUGCGGAGACAGACCAACAGCCGCUACAGCCCACUGAUGGUGCUCAAGACGGUGGCUCCCUCCGGCCAGCUGUACGUGACAGCCACCCACAGCCUCCUCUUCCGCUGGCCACGCCUGCUCAGCCUGGGCAUCCGGUGCCUGGCUUGUGGCUGCCUGCCCACGCGGGUGAGGCCACGAUGA